GUGGGGCCAGAGCUGACGGUGGCACUCUCUGGACAGGCUUUCCAUGGAUCUAGGCUUCACAACUGGACCCCCGUCCCAGAGAGAAAAUGAAGACAUCCUGGGCCUGGGCUUGGAGGGCUCCGGCAGUGUUCUUUCUUCUCUGGGCUGCCCUGAGUUGUCUCAGUUUGCCUGGCUCCAGAGCUGAAAGCACACCCUAUUUUGAGUCAAAUACAGUCAAUGGGAGCCUUGCCAAGAGUCGGCAGAUACGGAGUGUGGAUGUCACCUUGAGGCCUAUUGAUUGUGAACUGUCCAGCUGGUCCUCCUGGUCUAGGUGUGAUCCCUGUCAGAAGAAAAGGUACAGACAUGCUGUCUUGCUGCGGCCCUCUCAGUUCCAUGGGGAUCCUUGCAGACUCUCCGACAAAGAAGCUGAAGAUUGUGUUACCAACGCACCCUGCAGAAGUCAAGUGCGAUGUGAAGGCUUUGUGUGUGCACAGACAGGAAGGUGUGUAAAUCGCAGACUUCUUUGCAAUGGGGACAAUGACUGCGGGGACCGGUCAGAUGAGGCAAACUGUAGAAAAGUUUCUAAAAAGUGUCAGCAGGAAAUGGACCAGUACUGGGCAAUUGGCAGUCUGGCCAGUGGGAUUAAUUUAUUCACAAACAGUUUCGAAGGCCCAGUUCUUGAUCACAGGUAUUAUGGCGGUGGGUGCUCCCCCCAUUACAUACUGAACACAAGGUUUAGGAAGCCAUUCAACGUGGAAAGCUACACCCCGCAGACCCAAGGCAAAUAUGAAUUUGCUCUGACAGAAUAUGAAUCCUACUCAGAUUUUGAGCAUAAUGUCACAAAGGCAGAAAGAAGCCAGUUUAGUUCCAGCUUUGGUUUUGCAAUCCCAGGAAUAUUUGAAUUUGGCAUGAACAUGGCAGCUGAUAAUGGCCAACGUUUUGUCAGCCGAACCAAACGAUUCUCUCAUACUGGAAGCAAAUUUCUGCACGCACGCUCUGACCUUGAGGUGGCCCACUAUAAGCUGAAAUCCCGAAACCUCAUGCUCCAUUACGAAUUCCUCCAGCGAGUCAGGCAGCUGCCCCUGGAGUAUGCCUACGGCGAGUACAGAGACCUUUUCCGCGAUUUCGGUACCCACUACAUCACGGAGGCCGUGCUGGGGGGCAUCUAUGAGUACACACUUGUUAUGAACCAGGAGGCCAUGGAGAAAGCAGAUUAUUCUCUUAAGGAUAUUCGUGCCUGUGCCCAAGCAGGUUUUAGAAUCGGUGCUGCCUUCAAAGCAAUCUACCUCAAGCUUGGUGUGUCCAUGGCCCUGUGUGAGGGUGUGCUCAAGGAAAUCGAAGACAGAAACAAUAGAAAAAGCAUGGUAGAGGACUUGGUGGUCCGUGUGCGAGGAGGAGCAAGUGAAUACGUCACCGCCCUGGCCUACAAGGACCUGCCGACAGCGGACCUGAUGCAGGAGUGGGGAGAUGCAGUGCAGUUUAAUCCCGACAUCAUCAAAAUUAAGGCUUCACCGCUGUAUGAGCUGGUCACCUCCACAGACUUUGCCUAUUCCAGCACAGUGAAGCAGAAUAUGAAGAAGGCCCUGGAGGAGUUCCAGAGAGAAGUCAGCUCCUGCCUCUGUGCCCCCUGCAAAGGGAAUGGGGUCCCUAUCCUGAAAGAAUCGCACUGUGACUGCAUCUGUCCCAAUGGAUUUGAAGGCCAAGGCUGUGAGAUCACCUAUCGGAAAAAUGUCCCCACUGAUGGACAGUGGAAUUGCUGGUCAAACUGGUCUCCAUGUUUUGGUGGACAUAAAACAAGACAAAGGCAGUGCAACAAUCCAACUCCUGAAAAUGGGGGCAGCCCCUGCUUGGGCCCUGCUUCAGAAACACUUAACUGUUAAGGAAGGGAGAGCUCCUCACAGUAACACUACUGUAGGCUGCACACAGCGAGAGUUCUGAGCUUUAGGAGCUCAGGCAGCCCACCCCACACUAACUGUUCUUCCCCACACUAGCUCCCAGGGAGGCCAGCCCAGGGCUGAAGGGAUGCUUAAAAUAAAGAUCUGAAAUGCA